GGGGGGGGGGAUUGCGAAGUCAAAUAAACCGCUGUUUCCAGGAAUACGGGAAAGGUGGUCCGAUUGAAAUACAGACCCUCUGACAAUUACGUUUUCAGAGAGACCGAGCCAGGGCUUGGCAACCUGAGCACAGCUGCACCUUUAAGUACACGAACUAUUUCCAUCACACUCCCCACAGCACCACUCCGGCUCCACGCAGCGGAGGCUCCCAGAGUCGCCGCGGAGGGUGCAGGUCGGAAGGACUGAGGAGCCAGCAAGCCGGGGUUGCGGCGUCAGGCCCGGCACGGCGCCCACUGCCCUCACGGCCCGGCAGGACUCCCACUGCCCUCACGGCCCGGCAGGACACCCGCCCACUGCCCUCACGGCCCGGCAGGACGCCCGCCCACUGCCCUCACGGCCCGGCAGGACACCCACCCACUGCCCUCACGGCCCGGCGCUCCCGAGCCGGCGGCGCUCCCCGCCCGCUCCCCGCGCCGCUCGGGGCCGCAGCGCGGGCGGGUGCUUCCCCCUGGCGGCGGGGAGCGCCCUCGCCCGGCGGGCUGAGCGCGGCCCCGCGGCACCGCCCCGCCCUCCCGCCAGCAUGGCCGCCGCCGCUGCCGCCUCGCUGCCUGUGAAGAUUGGAAUUAUUGGUGGAACUGGCCUGGAUGAUCCGGAUAUCUUAGAAGGAAGAACAGAAAAAUAUGUUGACACUCCUUAUGGCAAGCCGUCGGAUGCUCUGAUUUUGGGAAAGAUCAAAAAUGUGGACUGUGUGCUCUUGGCAAGACAUGGAAGGCAUCAUACAAUUAUGCCAUCGAACGUCAAUUACCGUGCUAAUAUCUGGGCAUUAAAGGAAGAAAAUUGUUCCCAUGUAUUAGUGACUACUGCCUGUGGCUCGUUACGAGAGGAAAUACAACCUGGUGAUCUUGUCAUAAUUGACCAGUUCAUAGACAGGACAACUAAAAGACAUUGUACUUUAUAUGAUGGACAGCAUUCCACUCUCUCAGGAGUAUGUCAUAUUCCAAUGGCUGAGCCUUUCUGCACCAAAACCAGAGAGGUUCUUAUUGAGACUGCCAAGAAGCUGGGCCUCCAGUGCCACUCCAAGGGGACAAUGAUCACAAUUGAAGGCCCACGUUUCAGCUCUCGUGCAGAAAGCUGUGUGUUUCGCAGUUGGGGAGCUGAUGUUAUCAACAUGACUACAGUGCCUGAAGUGAUUCUUGCAAAGGAAGCUGGAAUGAGUUAUGCUAGUAUUGCCAUGGCAACAGAUUAUGACUGCUGGAAGGAACAUGAAGAAGCUGUUUCAGUGGAUAAAGUUUUAAAGACGCUGAAAGGGAAUGCAAAUAAGGCUACAAGCAUACUGCUUACUGCCAUACCUCAGAUAGGCUCCAUGGAAUGGACCAGCACCCUGCACACUCUGAAAACAAUGGUGCAGUGUUCGGUCAUCCUGCCAAAGCAGUAACAACCUGGAUGAACCUUGAAGUUUCAAUGUGUUCAAGGAAGAGUGGAUCACUUUCGAGCUUUCAGAGGUCAUAAUAUCUUCAACAAUUGUUACAAGCUUAAAAGAAUGGACUAAACAUUGAUCAAUGAUCAUGUGUAAGGCUGCUGUUAAAAUCUUUGUCGGUUUGAUCACAUAUAAGAUGGUUAAAAUUAGAUUUUGAGUAUGUUUUCAACUAUAAAUAGCCCUACUGACAAACUGUAUCUGAGAGAGAAAAAAAGUCAGAAUCCUCUAUUCAGUGGUACCUUUUAACUGAUGGUAGAAAGGAAAGUCUAAGUAAUCUUGUUGCAGUUUCAUAAAAUAAGGUCUAAGAAAGCAGAUUUACAGGCUAUUUGUGUUGCUGUUUCUACCUCCAUCUUUUCCUUCAACAAGGCACAUGGUUACAAUUCACUUCAGAAACAUAACAUAAAAACUGAUCAAACAAUUUCAAAUUAAAAUUAUACUAUUUUUAUACAUUAUCCAUAUUUUUUAUUCCAGUGAUUUUUUUUUUUAAAUCAGCGUAUUAGUUUUGUGUGCUAGAAGACCUGGUUUAAUAAUUAUGGUGGUUCUGUCACAGCAGCAGUUGUGUAAUGAGUUAGUGUUGGAGACUGAAGUAAUGCCUAAACCAAAUUCGUGCCUGAAGAUGUACUUACGUGACUUACAGAACUGUACAGAAAAAGUACUUUGCUGACAGUGUCCCAAACACACCCAUUUUGUGCUUUACUGAACAGCUCCAAUUUCAGAUCCUGUAUUAAGUGAUGAAUGUGCUGGAGUGGUUUGAAUGUAUGCAUUUCAAUUUUUUAAUACAGUUUUAUUUUAAUAAAAUAACCUGCUACUUCUUGUCUAGUAAAUAAAACAAAUG